CCCACAUUCGAUUUCGUUCAUUCGACUUGUCGCCGGCAACGCACGCGCACGCUGCUGCACUUUAUUAUUUUUUUUAUUAUUAUUUCUAUCGUCAUUAUCGUCAGUGUCGAUCAUUCCCAUCGCAUUCCGCGUAUUUAUUGUACCGUUGUACAGUCCACGCGACCAAGACCGCGCGGUCGACGGUUUUUCUUAUUUUUCUUGACGUCUUACAUUUUUAACCUUUUCGUUUUGUCUUGCGUCCAGCUCAACCGAACCCUGUGGCAGUGCGCCGUUUGUACUUUUCGUCCACCCCUCUACGUGGAUUGACAAUACCUAUUAUACAAGAAGUUCUCUCCACUGCACUGCCGUGAUACACCUGCUGUGCUUCAACAUUCUUCUUCGAGAGUAAAUGGGUUUUACGACUGAACAAUGAGUGUAAGGACAUCUGCUUGUUUGAUUUCUUUGAGUAUCCUUUUAGGAUUCAUUUUAUUCGUCAGUGGUGAACAUUUCUAUUUACCUAAAGAAAAUAAUGAUUUCUCUAACGAUUUGCAAGAUGACUGGGUACCGGUAUCUGGUAUCGAUAAAAGGUCUACUAGGCUCAACAAUGGAUUUUCCCAAGUUGUGCAUAUUACGCCACCCGUCCGGUAUACCAACAGACCACUCAACCUACAACCAGCGGCUUCUAACAAAAUUGAAGUGUUCGCUCAACCACCACCCACUAUAUUAGGUUCUUUUAGCGAAUUCGGUCAUGCAACUAUCGAGGCACGAGAGCCAGCGCACACUUUAAAUUUCAGACCUAGCUACAACUUUGACCGACAUUACGAAGAGACUAACGACCGUCGUUUUCAACAAAAUGACUACAACGAACCAGAAGACCAAAAGCCUCCCGCAAUCGUAGUAUUCAACGCUCAACAACGUCACCCUCAAAAUUAUCAAAAACCACCACCACCACAACCACCACCACAAUUCUACCAAAACUUUCAAUUCCACAACAUCAACAACAACCCCAACAAUCACAACAACAACCCCAGCAAUCACAACAACAACCCCAACAACAACCAUAAGAGCUUUGGGUUCAAGGAGCCACCAAUUGUACAAGAUCCCCCUAAGAGACUGACGCCAUAUUAUGUGCCCAAUGAUCAUAUUUUCCCGAGACCUCAAGGUAAUAACAAACAAGUGUACGCGGAACAACGGCCAAAACCUUAUUUAGUGAACCCCUCAGAGCCAAUACAACAACAGGCACAUAAGCAACUACACCAACACCACAACCACCACCACCAACACCAACAACAACCGCAACAACAACAGCAGCAGCAGGAACAGCAGCAAUACAAAUCGUCUACUGAAGGUGGAUCAUCGGCUUACUUCCAAAAGUAUCCAGGUCACGUCGAAAACCAAAACUUGUACCCUCAGAUUUCAAAUUUCGCACGACCAUUUGAACAGACGAACGGAGAUCAAAACGUAUUCAUAAAACCAAAUCAGUAUGUGCACAACUUGAAUGUAGGCACAGAAGUGAGGUUCGGCCAGGAACACGGCAGCCAACCUACCCGACCGGUGACCGUGGACUUGUCGACCGCGUUCACGCAUCCAGCGACCAGGCCAUUCAGCAAGUACCAGACGCCGACACCCAAAAACGAAGAGCUUUAUAGGAUAUUCCCGGUGAAAGAAGUCAACGCUCUUCCCGCCUUCCUGCCUACACCUGUGACGCUGGGCCAGCAGCAACCAUCGGACGGCCGUCCAAAGGCGCCUUACUUCAAGGACGCCGUUGUGGGUGGUUCAUCAGAGUACGACGCUCGUGAGGAACAGGACGAGAAUGAGUCCAGCGAACAGUAUGACAUAUUGAAAAGUCCUACCAAGCCGAUGUCAACCUCGACCUCAACCACGACUACGACCACGACCACGGUCGCGCCCAAGACGACGCGCAAACGAAAACCAACCACGACGACGACUACCACGACGACGACCGCCGUGCCGGACGACUACGACGAGUAUGCGGUGCCCAACCGUCAACAAUUACAGUUACAAGAACAUCAACAAGACUACCGACCACGACAGCAAUACCAACAACACCAGGAUUACGAAACGGUGAUUGUCCCCACGACGGAGGCGUCGUCGACCUACGCGCCGGUCAGAGAAGAACGACCGGUUCCAGUGUCAGUGAAUAAGUUUAAGAAAAAGAAGCCUUUGCCGUCAUCUAGGCCCAAAGAACAAUACCCGGUAGUCGAAUACGAAAACGUGCCUGAACGAGUGACGUUGGCGCCGACACCGACGCCGACCACCACUACCACGACCGCAGCGACCACGACCGCGUCUACCACGACGACCACGACCGCAUCUCAGCCGAGUAACGCCGACACUGCGGCGUCGGAAGCGCGUGCGAAGAUCAAAUCCAAGUACGGAAACGGUACGCGACCGCGGUUCAGUAUCAAAGACUAUAAAUCCACGACCACUUCGACCACCACCAGUACGGAGAAAGCGCCGUUUACAGCAGGACGGAAGACGACGACCACCGCGAGUCCCGCGCCCACAGAUCCGGAAACCGUUGAACAGCCCGCCAACACGACGGCCCGGAAGUCGUACAAACCGCGGGUCCGACCCAACCGGUACAAGGCUGGCACAUCGACGACGACAACUACCACGGAAGAACCGCAACAACAACAGCAGCAGGACACCACCACUGAACGUGCUUACCGGACCAAAUACAAGCCUGGCAAGUACUACAACAGGCUGAGAACAAGUACCGACUCAGCUGUCGCAGUGGUGGACGAGGGCAGUGAACCGGUGGCCGCCACUGAACCGACCAGACCGGCAGUGUACUCGGCCAAACGGCGGACGGUGCCGACCAUUAGAACGUCCGCAGUUCAGCCGGCCACAGUCGCGGCGGCCGAAGAGCACAACGCGCUCAGGAGAAGCUCGUCUGUGUCACCAAUCGACGAGAACACGUCUUCAGAGGCGAUGGACGCCGCGUCUUCCGAAGACGUAGAUUACAUUGCAACCACGGUCGCGGUAACCCCGGUGGCACCGAGGCACAAGUACCACACCUCGUAUGCGGCUGACAGACCACUGUUGCCCAUUGAGUCGUUCUUUCAGUCGUCAAUGGCCAGUAAACGGCACCACAACGAACAGCGAUGAUCGCCGGUGCUAAAUAUAUAUAAUAUAGUAGCUCAACACAUAAUAAUAUUAAAAUAAUGAUUUAAAU